CGAAUCCAAUUAUUUACAUUGCAAAGGAGAGAGGCGUUACUUGGGUUAGUCUUAGCGGACCAUCUGUUCGUGGUCAAACACUUUGGGAAAUAACAACUAGAAGCAGUGCAUAUGGAAAAGUUAUUAGACUUGAUCUUUAUGAUGUGACAGUUUUCAAG